CACCUUUUCUGUCCUUGUCAGAGUCUCGCAGUUCCACGUGCUAAACGGUCGACGUCGUUGACUUUCUGUCAGCGAAGUAUCCACGAUGCCUACCAAAGGGUGGCCUAUUAUCCGCGUACGGGCGGCUUUGUUUAUCGCAGUAUGCUCCGUCGUCGGCGUCGCAAGCGACCCCUUGUGCCAGGAGACAACGCCGUUCCAUUACGAUCAAGCGCAGCUUACAUGCUCGGACUUCACCAGCGCCGAACAACUAGAGGCCAGCUUACCUGAACGGCCGAACGGCGACAAGAUUGAGCUCCUGCUCAAGGACAGUCGACUCCAGUACAUACCACGGUCGGUCUUCCAGAGAGUCAAACCGUCGACGCUGGUGCUGAGCAACGUGACAGUCAGAAGCUACAGGGCGCCUGAUUCGGACGCUUCCGUGUUUGCCGAACUUCGAGACACCCUGGAGAAGUUAGUCUUCCACAAGAACAGCAGCCUGCCGGACACGUGGAGCUUGCUUAAAGAUAACCGACGGCUCAGUGAGCUGCUACUGUUCAGGAUGGCUUCACUUAGAUUGGGUGAGGACUUCGACGAGUUGCCGACCAGUGUUAGGGACGUGGCCGUAGUGCAAAGCACGAUCUCUGGCGUGGACGCCCGUUGGCUGUCAUCCUUGAGCAACCUGGAGAGCCUCCGCAUUGAAAAAGUCAAUUUGGGGAAGUUCGAAAGAUCAAUGCUUCCGAGACCAGCUACUAAGCUCAAGUAUCUAACAAUAGCUGGCACAGACUUAUCGGCUCUACCCGAAGACUUCACACAAGAUAUGCCGUCUCUGGAGAAACUCAACCUGAGAAGGAACAAGUUCACCACAUUUCAAGAGGUCACGCUGGCGCCUCUCAAAAGCCGCAAUAUCAUCGUCGAACUCCAAGGAAAUCCCCUGGAGUGCGACUGCAGAGUCGUCUUCCUGCUCGUCGGCUAUCCGGACAGCUGGCAGUAUCCCAACUGCGAGAAGCCCGCGACGCUGGCCAAGACGCCACUUCGCCAGCUUACGCCAUCCAGCCUGGGUUGCGCUGCCACUCCUUCCACCAGACGCGAAGAAUAAACAAAUAAAAGAAACACACACGCGCAGGUGCUCGAACGCCUCAGCGUGUUUGGCUCUUGUUUCUAAUAU